GUAUAUUUUAACGGGCAGCCCGCGGUCACACUUUGUCAUUGCUCUUUGCUCGGUCGUAGUAUCGGCCAGCACCUAAAAAUUAAGGAGUAAAGCUCGUGAAUUGGGACUUUCAACCGACUAGUACAAAGCCAACGUGACAAUAACUCAACUAUGUGUCUUGAAUAGUGCGUGCAUUUACGUUUUCAUUCAUCGUUCAUCAAGGCUCCCCCGCGCUGUCUCUCUCUUUCGCACUCGCUCCUUUUUGAGGCUGCCAACGUGACCCCGAAAGCUGUCUCUCUCGCGCACACUUUCACUUUGCAACAACAACGAACAAAUAACCUAGCAUAAACAGUUAUUGUGCAAUCCUAAUUAGCAAAACUUUAAGACGGUUAUAAUGUCAACGCAGGAAAAGGUUAUACGCGUUGGAUCGCGAAAGAGUGAGCUGGCUCUAAUUCAAACCAAACAUGUCAUCGGCCGACUGCAAAAGCUGUAUCCCAAGCAGAAAUUUGAGAUCCACACCAUGUCUACUUUUGGUGAUCGGGUCCUAAACGUUUCCCUUCCCAAGAUCGGAGAGAAAAGCCUGUUUACCCGUGACUUAGAGGACGCAUUGCGUAACGGAGGUGUUGACUUCGUGGUGCACUCGCUCAAGGAUUUACCAACCGCAUUGCCUACAGGAAUGGCCAUCGGAGCCGUCCUAGAAAGGGAAGAUGCCCGUGAUGCACUGGUACUGCGGGAGAACUUUAAGGGCCACACGAUAGCUUCGCUUCCUAAGGGUAGUGUGAUCGGAACUUCGUCUCUUCGUCGCACUGCUCAGAUCCGGAGGAUGUAUCCCCAUUUGACUGUGUGCGACAUCCGAGGAAAUCUAAACACUCGUUUGGCCAAGCUGGAUGCCGCCGACUCAAAGUUCUCCGGCAUAAUUCUCGCCCAGGCAGGCCUGGUGAGAAUGGGCUGGAUGAGUCGCAUCAGCCAGGUGCUGGAGCCAACCGACUUACUUUAUGCUGUUGGACAGGGAGCCCUGGCCGUGGAGUGUCGGGCCAAUGACGAUCAAGUGCUUUCCAUGUUGCAGAAACUAAUGUGCCUGAAUACAACGUGCCGCAUCUUGGCAGAACGGAGCUUCCUGAAGACUCUGGGAGGAGGUUGCUCUGCACCAGUGGCAGUUUGGAGUAACCUAAAGGGCGAACCCUUGAACGGAAAUAGUCAGGAGGUGGGACUCUCCCUCACCGGCGCCGUUUGGAGCUUGGAUGGCGUCACAGAGAUACGAAAUCACUUGGCUUGUGCCUUAAAUGAGGAGAAAUCGGAGGUGGAGCAGCGAAAACGAGGUGCCCAGCAGAGCACCGAUCAGCUGCAGGAGGAGAACAGCAGCAGCUGCGAUUCUCCGCCAGCCACGAAACGUGCCAGGAACGGCAGUCCCAGCUCUGGCUCUGAUUCCAAUUCGAGUAGCCCUCGCCAGCAGGGAAGUCCGCCGGUGAUUUGCGAGGAUGUGGCCGCUUGCGAGGCUCUCUCCGGUUACAGUGUGGAGCAGCUCUCUAAUCUGGCAAGUCAGUGCCCAGUGCUUGGCAAUAACAAUGCUAUUGGUUCUUUUGGAAACGAAGGUGGAGGCGAUGCCGACACCAGCAAUGGAAAUACAACUUUCCGGCAGUGCCCGCUGCGAUUAGUGGCCGGCCAGGAUGUGAUGGGCCAGUGUCCAGUGGCACACAAUCAGUCAAAAGCACCCGCCAAGUGUCCAGUGACUCAUGCUGCCUCCGGGGAUUCCUCAAGCGCGAACAAUGACAACGGAAAUGAAGCUGCCAGCACUGCUCAUUGCCCGCUACAAAUGCCUGUGGGUCAGGACUUUAUGGGCGAAUGUCCGUAUGUAAACAAGGAGAUCAAGGUGUCCUAUGCCCAGGCAGGCAAGUGUCCAGUGACGGGAGGUGUGGCCGGGGCUCCAGCUAACAUUCUGCCCACACCACCAAGCAGCAGAGCUAGCAAUGCCAGCAGCAUUGGCGAUGAGGUCGAUAACGUGGCCACUUCAUCAGCAAAGUGUCCAUUUGCGGCGAUGCAUCAGGGCAGCGGUUUAGAGGCGCCGGUCAAAGACAAUGGAAAUGAGACCCAGGCCAAGUGUCCGUUUCUGCAAAAAACGGUCCAAAUGUUCGACUAUGCCGAUGAGGAGAAGCCUACGCCGCAGCAAUCGGUGCUCAUUGAGGAUGUGCAGAACCUGUUCUGCGGUCUCUACCAGCACGCCUGCUACAGUCGGGGGAUCUACGAGAAGGCCAACCAGUUGGGAAAGACGCUGGCCGAGGACCUGAUCCAGCGGGGAGCUCUGGAGGUGAUGAAGGUGGCCCAGGCCGAGAUCCAUGGCAAGGUGGCGUCGACUUGAAAAGGCCAGCAUCCUGAAUCCAACUUCUCCCACCUCCGAAAACUCAUCAUAGAAUCCAUCUCGUUUACAUUAAGUAGAAAAGUGUAACUAGACAAUAUUGUUUCCAAUUCUCCCUUCUUGUUGAACUCCUGUGGAGAAACCAUAAACACUUCCCCAUAUUUAAGGUCUGUAUUGUAUUCAAUUCUUCUGCUCUUCUAAGCAAAUGGCUCUCGCAUAUUGUUGGUUUUCGCGUACAUGAUAUUUUAAUUUUGUUUUUGUUUGGGGAAUGUUACAAAUAAAUGUAUAAGAAAACGUAAAA